UAAGAUACGAAAAUUAAAUGGACAGUUAAUCCUGCGGGAGUAUAAAGACCACCUUUCAUUUAACGACGGAGGGCAUCCCGCCAUUUCUUCACUCCCUAUCUGCAACUCAAUAAACCCAAAAAAAUUCGCAGGAAGGGAGAUUCUAGGGCUUUCUUCAUGGAAGAAACGCAGUCUAUUUCUUUCAAGAAUCUUCAUAGUAGAGAGUACCAGGGCCACAAAAAGAAGGUUCAUUCAGUUGCCUGGAAUUUUACAGGAACUAAGCUUGCUUCAGGUUCAGUGGAUCAAACUGCCCGUGUUUGGCAUAUCGAGCCUCACGGCCAUGGAAAAGUCAAGGAUCUGGAACUGAAAGGGCAUACUGAUAGUGUUGAUCAGCUAUGCUGGGAUCCAAAGCAUGCUGAUUUAGUCGCAACUGCAUCAGGAGAUAAGACUGUUCGCCUUUGGGAUGCUCGUAGUGGAAAAUGCUCUCAACAAGUAGAACUUAGUGGUGAAAACAUCAAUAUCACGUAUAAACCUGAUGGCACUCACAUUGCUGUGGGAAAUAGGGAUGAUGAAUUGACAAUAUUGGACGUUCGCAAGUUUAAACCAAUUCUCAAGCGGAAGUUUAAUUAUGAGGUGAAUGAGAUAGCUUGGAACACCACUGGAGAGAUAUUCUUUCUUACAACUGGAAAUGGUACUCUUGAGGUACUGGCAUAUCCAUCUCUUAAAGCACUUCACACACUUAAUGCUCAUACGGCAGGUUGCUAUUGCAUCGCAAUUGAUCCCACAGGAAGAUUCUUUGCUGUUGGAAGUGCUGAUGCACUGGUUAGCCUUUGGGACCUCUCAGAGAUGCUCUGUGUCCGUACGUUUACGAAACUUGAAUGGCCAGUCAGAACGGUGAGUUUCAAUCACACGGGACAAUACAUUGCCUCAGCCAGUGAAGAUUUGUUCAUUGACAUUUCCGAUGUUCACAGUGGAAGAACAGUCCAUCAAAUUCCUUGCAGAGCCGCCAUGAACAGUGUAGAAUGGAACCCAAAGUACAACCUCCUGGCAUAUGCUGGUGAUGACAAGAACAAAUACCAGCAAGAUGAAGGUGUCUUCAGAAUAUUUGGUUUCGAGAGUGCUUGACAUGAUUGGAAUAAAAGGAACAGAGGCUUAUUUCCUGAUUGUCAUCAUCUUUCUCAGAUUCUUGAGUUCAAAGGAAAGGUAUAAGGAGCUGUUCCCCCUCUAUAUGGCAGAAAUUUAGAGAUCCAAAAGCGUGCCAGUUUGGUAAAUUAUGUCCAUGGUAUGUAUUGUGUUGACAGAAUUUUAGUGAAGAAAAGCCAAAGAAAUGGCGACCUUCAAUUGGAGAGAGAGAGAGAGAUAGAGAGAGAGAGGUGACCUUUUAAAUAUUUCUUGGAUGAUACAACAUUUUCAAAGCUGCGACAGUCUUAUUUAUUUUUAAAUUGAUUACCUUGGCUCUUUCUGAACCA